AUGUUCGCCAAGAGAGAUAUUGGUCAUGUGCUCAUAUCUGACGAUUUCAACCUUCAAGAUACCGUACAUUAUCUGUCUCCAGCAACAUCUAAUACAGCACGUACCGAAUAUGAGGGAGAUUUCCUGUAUGACCAGUUUGUCGAGUUUCGAGCAACCUUACCUCCACCAUCACCAGACUAUGAGAGUACGGUUUCGUCAACAAUAUCAUGCGUAGAACCUGAACUACAAAGGACUUUGGCCAUCAUAAAACCAGAAGCUAUAAAAUAUAAAGAUGUGGUUUUAAGAGCUAUCAAUGAGUCCGGCUUAAAAAUAAUAAAUAAGAGAAUCAUCCACCUUAGUCCAGAACAAGUUUCUGAAAUUUAUGCUCAACAUUAUGGUAGUCCAGCCUUUCCACAUAUUGUUGUUUCUAUGAGCGUGUCACCACUUUUGGUCCUAUCUUUGGCUGGUAUAAAUGCAGUCGAAAAAUGGAAAACAAUGACGGGCCCUUUCGGGUCAAUAAGAGAAGAAUGGUUCUUCCCCUAUAGCGUUAGGACACGAUUUGGUAUACAAGACGACCAACCCGACACUUUACAUAGUUCUGAAAACGUCAGUGAAGCCAAAACAGAAAUUAGAUAUUUUUACCCCACAAGUAUAUUGGAACCUUUAAUAUCAGACGAAGAUAAGGCAACAGAUUACAUAGUUAAUUAUAUUAAGCCAACUUUACUGGAUGGCUUAACACAACUUGUUCGAGUGAAACCUUUAGACCCAAUCAUAUUCCUAGCUGAAUGGCUGUUAUUAAAUAAUCCAUUUCAGCCGAGAUUUCCUGAAAGAAUUGCGCUCAAUCCGCUUUAA